ACGAACUUCUGCUCUCGCUUUUUUCAGAGCCUCACUUUCAGCAUAACUCCAUCCAGAUGAAGACCCUGUCUCUGUGGAUAUUUGGGCUCCUGUGCGCCAGCCUCACAGGAGUACAUGGACUCAGCGACUUUCCAAAAAACUAUGUGGUGGCAAAAAGGGGCCAUGAGGCUUCGGUCACAGUGAAUUGUCAUACAGAGACCGAUGGACCUGUCACGUGGAAGUUGGGAGACACACCGGUAGAGGAAACGGGUUUUGAGGACAGCAUCAUGCAGGACGGUCUAAAACUGGUCAUCUCAGAUGUGGAGUCACCCAUGUUGGGAGAAUACAGCUGCUGGAGAGGAGAGAAGAUGUUGUCAUCCACCCAUGUGCUGCUGGAGAACGACCUGGAUGAAGACUUUGAUUCUCUCCUCACUUGUCGAGCAAAGUCCUAUGACUGCAACUUCACCUGCGUCUGGUCCCAAAAAGAGUACACAGCGGUGCGCCUUGGACUGGGAAGCGACUGCAGCCAAGGGCUGAGGUCAUGCGACUGGGUCAGCAGCAGUGACCAGCUCCCGGACGGGGGAUUCCAGUUUGAGCUGUCCCACACCCUCUCACCAUAUGCUGAGGAAAGCAGUAUGCUGGAACUCACUGCUGAGGCCAUCAGCUACCUGACAGUCCUCAAGAGAACCAGGAGAUUUUAUCUCAGAGACAUUGUUCAACCAGACAGUCCCACGAUUGCCAGGUGUCAGGUGGUGGAGCCCGACCUGAAUGUGACCAUUGACCCCCCGUCCAGCUGGUCGAUCCCUCACAGCUUCUUCAGCCUGGAGCAUGAGAUUGAAUACGUGUACAAAGACAACGGCGAGACUGGACGUUCUUUCUCGACCCUGAUACCGAAGAGGAUCAGCAAGCUGAGGGUCCGCUCCAGAGACUCACUGGUGUUCUCAUCCUGGAGUCAGUGGACUCCCUGGAAAAAUGUGAAAAAGAACCCUUGCCAUUGCAAAAAUCCGGAGAAAAACUGCUGUCCAGAGAUGCCGCCUGGGUACAUGUACAACUGCAAGAAGAGAAGGAAUAGAAAAAGAGCUAAAAAUGCUGAGCAGAGUAAAACAUUUUAAAAAGAAUAUGCUCACUAGGACUGUGGACAUUUUGGGAUUGGUGUAAAAAUGUUUGUGCUGUUUAUAUACAAAGUAAUCAAGCAUUGAUAUGUUGGGACAGUUUCAAGAAUAAUAUCCUGGACAUGGUAGGUGUUUUAUAGGGGAUUUCUACAUGCUGUAAGCUGAAGCAUGACAGGAUUUCCUCUUACUCAGCCCAAAUGUCUCUUGUUUGUGAUUUAACCUCAGUUGCUCACCUUCCCAGCUAAACACGCAACAAACAAAUACUACCUUUGUGAAGGUCUCGAUGUUUAGUUUUGGUUAAAAUUGUCCUUCAGUUAAGUCAAUAUUAGGCAUUUUCUACUUCGUAUGGAAGGUGGAUUUGUGGGAUUUGUUUAAAAUUUGACACCUUUACGUGUAUCACAGUAUUGUAUUUAUUCUGCAUAUUCUUCACAGAAGAUGUUUAGACUUGGACUUUGGACUUGUCAGAGUAGAAAAAGUGUAGGAAUAGAUGAGAAAGGGGAUAAUGACUAGAUUCUAUUUAUGCGGUUUCAGAGUCCUAGCAUUGAGUGUGAAGGCUCAGUUUGAGACUGUUACGAUGCUUAAUGGGACACACUAUGAGUAGAAAAACAAAUAUUUGCAGUUAAACUCCAGAAACAGUAAUACUUACAUGUUUUUUGUUUGUUUAUUUGUUUUUUGUUCAUGAAAUAGCCAAAAUACUGUUAUUAUAUGUUUUUAUUUAUAUCUGCCGACACAAUGUUUUGUGGAACUUGUAUACUGUGAAUUAUUCAAGCAAUUUGUAAUUAAAGGACAUUAUUACUGAA